CAGCUAUGGCCUACCAAGAGCAUCUUGAAGGAUUCAUGGGAUUAAGGAACUUGGGCAGCAUGUGAAAGAUGACUCAACGGUCCUUGUCAACUCUACGUACAGAGAAAAUUCCGGUGUCUAUUUGGAUCUCGCCAUGGGCCAGCCACGAAGGAUAAUAUGGUCUUGCGAAUUGGUGACGGAUUUUCUGGGACGAAUUCUUUAUCAUGAGGAAGCUUCUUCGAAAGUCAUCGUGGUCUGUUCGACGCGAGAACACUUCCUGGGACAAUUGGCGGCUGCUGUACACUAUGGAAGGACAACGCCUGAAAGCCACGAAUUGAUUACAAAAGCCAUUGGAUUGCUCUCCCGGUCACAGGACGUCAUAUUAGCAUUCUGUGAAACUCUCGAACAUCUUCGAGCCUACAUCUCUGUGUUGGACGUGGCCAGUACCAAGCGAGAGGGAAACACUUCGGAUGAAUCAAGUCAACGGCCGUUGUUGGCGGUCUUGAAUCCCCUUGCUCUACAUUUUCCUACUACUGAAUUCUCUGCGCAAGGGCUGUCGAGGACUCUGGUAGCAGCCGUGGAGGUCACUGCUCGGCAGAAGGUGGACCUCGUGCUCUGUGAAUGCGUAGAUGCUAUGGAAAACGCCAACAAUGAACAUGGCGAAGCAUUAUGGAACACGGAGGCGCCAUUGCUCAACGGAACUGCCCGGAUUGUGGCCGAAGAAAACACUUCGAGAGCGCCUAAUGUGUCUGUGAAAAAGGUCGCACAACGAUGGUUUGAAUUCGAUGAUGACAGGAACAUUUAUAGACAACAACAAUGACGAACGUCAAGUCAGGAAAACAUGCGCAGAACUCCCUAACCAACCGCCCGGGUAUCCUAGAACCAACCCUUGAACUCCGUGAAUCAUGAUCCAUUGAAAUUUCUGCCUUCACAGGCAUUUCUCCAUCUCCGUGGCGUACAGCUUGAUGUGCGACUCCAGCUUCAGAUAUUGAUCAUGAGCACCUUGAAUCUCACUUUCGAUGUUCUCUUUGAGAUCGGCCAUCUGCG